UCCACAAUAUUGCGCCAUACGAGGAGAGGGGUAUAAAAUUGAUUGACCGUCUACUCUUUGAUCUAUAACUCACUAAAUAAUUACCCACGAUUUGCACAUUGCGCAAAAUACCACUACCACGAGCUCAUUCACAAACUCAAGCUCAGCUAGCUCCUCGAACCAUCGUCCAGAGCGCACAGCACCACAACUACUCAGCCUUGGAACACCCCGCCAUAACCAUGCCAACCGAAAUCACCUCCGCCCUCCACUUCCACACCCUCUUAACCUCGCACACCUACUUCAUCGCUGAUUUCUACGCUACCUGGUGUCCACCGUGCAAAACCAUCGCGCCAUACUACUCUCAACUCUCCUCCAUGCACUCUGUCCCGCACAAACUCGCGUUUGUGAAAGUCAAUGUGGAUGAACAGGAAGAAGUCGCUGCAAAGUAUGGGAUCACGGCUAUGCCAACUUUCUUGGUGUUUAAGGGGGGUGAGGUGAUUGAGACGAUUAAGGGAGCGAAUGUACCGGCGUUGAAGAGGGUUGUGGAGAUGGUGGGUGGGAAGGUCAAGGCUGAGAGUAUGAGGGAGGCAGAGAAGGAGAAGGAGGCUGAGGGGAAGAUACAGGGGGAUGAGGAGAAAACUGUUAGUGGGAGUUAUGGUAUGACAGGGGGACACAGUAGUUGGAAGAUGUCUUUAAAUUGAAGGCAAUGAGUCUGGAGGUGCUAACGAAAAAGGAAUUGAUGGAUAAGAUUUGAUAACCGUGGUUUAGCAAUUGGGAUUGCGCUCUACAUGAGAUUUCGGGAGUGCGGUUAUUUGGACAAUUGGUUCUGAGAUCAUGGGUGUAUUCGAACCAUUUCUUCUUUAAAAGUUUAGGGUGUUUGAGUUGAGGCUCUGGGACGUCUCAUCUACUUUCCAAUUUUCAUUAGAAAGACAAAUUCUUCAGCAUAACAAUCGGAAUGAAUGAAUAUUAUCAUUUUC